AUGGGGAAUUCUUCUUCUACACAGUGUAUGCCUGCUGCGCUUGAUGACAAUGGCAAUGAUGUUGUUGUCGUCGUGGUUGUCGUAGGAGAGGAAGAGUUCCACGAGUCGCGUGACUUUCUUUGUUCGUGGAGUGGGUACUUCAAGGAUGAGCUCACAAAGAAUCCCGAAAGGAAGAGGUUUGACUUUUCCAAACAGAGACCAAGUGAAUGGAAUCUACUGAAGAAGGCUGUUAUUGCUCUCCAACCACCGUUCGCUGAAGAAUCAUCUGUCAAUGCCAGCAACUAUCAUGUUUUGCUCCCGUGGUUUGCGGAACUCCGCUGUGAAGAUGGACUGAGACAAACAGACAUGGUAAUCUUGAAAGGACUUGUGGAGCCCUUGAUGGCCAAACCAGAGAAGGAACGUACCCCAGAAGACACACAAGCCAUUGUAACUGUCCUGGAGCGCUGUGUCAUGUGGAAGAGGGAUUACCCCAAAGAAAAGUGUGCCACAUUCUUGUCCCAAGUCUUGCAGGAUCCAAAGCAGCCAUUUGAUCCCAAGGAGGUCUGCCGCGUAGCCCUCCUCCUUUCCAAGGACGACACAUGUCAGAAGGCCUUGUGGAAAUCUGUAGUGUGA